AAUUCUAUUAUAUUAGCUGCUACUAUCAGGAAUCUAUUAGUGAUGUUAGUGUGGUAGUACCACUAACAACGGCCGACUUUCAUACUGUACAGUACAGAUAUAACUGCUGUUAGCGCUAACAAAAGACAGGAUACCAUAUCCGGAGAUGAAACCCUCCGUCUACCGGGUCAAAACUUACGCACACACGUGGUUCAACGGCCGUGGUUUAACGUUGGAAGCCCUGAACCGCCAUUUUCAGCCGCCGUUUCAACUUUUUACACGCUAUCUACUACUUUCACUACUACUUCUUCUAAGAUGGUUGUGAUUCGGAAAAGAAAAGUGUUCUUGUCUGCAAGAUUUCAUUCUGGGAAAAGUUCAAAAAAGGUCGUUUUCUCUAAACACUUUCGUGGUGUGAAAGCUGAUGAGGGAGAAGUUUCUGACCUACAGCAUCAUGCAAAGUCAUUUGGUGAAACUUCCACAUCUUUAUCAUCUGUACUCUCUGUAGCCAUGCCAGGUUCUUCAGCAAUAGAAGAAAUGAUGAAUGAAAUUCAACCUGAUGCUGAAACAGGGAAGCGUACAUAUUUAUCUCUAAAGGAACAACGCUUGCAUGAUUGGAGUACCAUUAGGGAUGAUAUGUAUGAGGCCUUUAUCAGUACAGAAGCACCAUCAACUGUUUCCUGCCAUGAGUGCAACAAAGAGGCCCAACUUUUCAAGUGCAUUGAUUGCACACCAUGGGAAAUGGUCUGUGAAGACUGCUUAUACAGGAGACACCAGUAUCCACAUUUGCAUAUGUUUGAAGCAUGGAGGAAUGAAGCAUUUGUUGGGGCUGUCUUAAAAACACCUUCAUGGAUCUUGUCAUCACACAGUGAUUGUGAUUCCAAUUAUUUUAAGAGUAUUGUAAUUAUUGAUGUGAAAGGAAGACAGCAUAAACGCAACAUCCAGUUUUGCAAAUGUGAACCAGAAGCUGUUACAUUGGUGAAAUACAGACUGUGGCCUUCAACCACUAAGUUUCCUAAACUAGCAUUUGACAUGGAACUACUCAAGUGGUUAUAUGGACUACUCAUAGAGUGUCAUGUCUCCUGCAAAGGAUUUUGUGAGGCGUUGAAAUUUAGAAGUUCUAAAUACCAGAGAAAUUAUGUCAACUUUCAGGUGUUGGACAUCUACAAGUCUCUUAUGACCGAGACUUUUGCAGAAUUCAGGAACUUCUUCCAAAGAACUGAAUUUCCAGACAAGUUAGAUAAUGGAACUGAAUGUCCAGCUUGUUUUUCAACAUUGCCAAAGAUAUACAGUUUUGAUGCUGAUUUCCAGCUAGUUAGGAAGGCAUCAUCUGGCAAGCAGUGGGCAGAACCAAAACACAGCAAUAAAUUUUUCUUGGACCAGGCUUCAGUAGAUGCCUUUAUGGGCAAUUAUUACGAAGACAGGGGAAAGCCUGAUGUGGAGUGUAAUGACUUUCAAGCCGGAAACCAUCUCCGGUCUAAGAAUAAGAAUAAGAAGCUAGCAGAAACAGCUGUAUUUGGGUCUACAUGUAGACAUGAAUUCCCAAAGUAUUUCUUCAGUCUGAAACAUGGUGAAAGACUUGGAUAUGCCGUUUACUUAUUGCGAAAGUUAUUGGAAGAAGAAAAUAGUGAUGACAAGGAUCCCUUGUAUAUAAUGUAUGACAUUGCUUGCAGUCUAGAAAGUCAUCUCAAGAAACAAAAUGAUCAGUCCAUACUAGAUAAAGUACAGUUUGCAAUUCCCAUAUUCCAUUGUUAUGGCCAUAAAAUGGCAUGUCAGGUUCUGUAUAACCCAAGGAAAAAAAAUGGCAUAGGACUGACAGAUGGUGAAAGCCUUGAAAGACUUUGGUCAUAUUUAGGGAAGUUCUCUAAAAUUACCAAAGAGAUGACCCCGGAAAACCGUAUUGAUCUGCUUACUGAUGGUUUAAUUCAUUAUGGACAGAAAAUCAGAGAAAAAUUAGGUAAGUAA